CCCUUUUUUUCUUCUUUCUAUUUGUUUCUUUCCUUUCUAUUUAUUUACAUAAAACAUGAAAUUUGCACGUUAUAUUCAAUCCACUGCUGUUCCCGAGUGGUCUGAAUAUUAUUUGCAAUACCAUCAGCUCAAGGCGUUGAUCUACACAUUAGAAAUAGAGAAAAAAUCCUCAUUGAAUGAAUCCACUGCACUUUUGCCUAUUGGUAAUACUGAUCAUGGCCGUUUUAUACAAGCAUUGGAUGAUUCGCUGGCAAAGAUAAUUCAAUUCUACACUGAAAAAGAAUGCGAGGCCAAUGUCGAAUUGGACCAUAUUUUGACAUGUUUUUAUCCGCCAGAGCCUGCGAUGAUUGCAAUUCAGGACUUAAAUCCGGAUCUUCCGCAUGGUUCCUCCUCUUCUACUACAGAUACUGAUAGAUCCUCCGCCACUUCAAUUACAAUGGACCUGAAAGAUGAUCCAGAUCUAAUGGCGGGUGCAAGGACGAAAUUGAUCGAUCUUUACAUCUAUUUAUCCAAGCUUAAAUCAUUUGUUUCUUUAAAUUUGACUGCAUUUAAAAAAAUUCUAAAAAAAUAUGACAAGGUGAUGGACACUAAACAAAGCCAAAUCUACAUCUUUCGCAAGGUAACAGAAGCUUAUCCUUUUCAAGCACAGACGCGCGAUUAUUUAAACGAUCUGAUUGGACGGGUGGAACAAAUAUACAACAGCAACAAAAAAGACGGGGUUGUCGAUUUGUCAGUUUUACUGACUGAAAAAGCGACCAAUGACCAAAAAAUGAUUUGGAUGGACAGAAUUAGGGAAGAAAAGAAAUUCAAUGAUCUCUCAAUUUCUGGAACAGAAGCCAGGGACAGGUUACCCUUUAUUGGAAUAGCAUUGAUGAGUGUAACUAUUUUUGUUUAUUUACUAAAUAGCUCAUUAUUCGAACAAGUGGAACAAACAAGAUGCUUUGCUGUUCUGGUUUUUGCUAGUAUAUUAUGGGCAACAGAGUUGAUGCCUUUAUUCGUUACAGCGUUGCUUGUCCCCUUUUUGGUGAUUGUUUUACGAGUCAUUCGAUCAGAAGAUGAAAGUGACGACGGAAGAAUAAUUUAUACCCGACUUAGUGCAAUGGAAGCUUCAAAGACAGUUUUUGCGUCAAUGCUGUCCCCAGUCAUUAUGUUGCUACUAGGUGGCUUUGCUAUUGCAGCGGCCUUAAACAAAUACGGUAUAGCAAAAUCGUUAGCAUCAUUCGUACUGUCAAAGGCGGGCUCGCGCCCCUCAAAUGUUUUGAUUGUUAAUAUGCUGGUUGCAUCUAUGGCAAGUAUGUGGAUUAGUAACGUAGCCGCACCCGUUCUUUGUCUCUCUUUAAUCCAGCCUAUUUUACGGACUUUACCUCCUGACUCUUCUUUUGGGCCUUGUCUAAUUAUGGGAAUCGCAUUGGCUUCAAAUCUAGGCGGUAUCGCUUCUCCCAUCGCCUCACCUCAAAAUGUGAUAGCUAUUCAAAACAUGUCACCACCCCCUUCUUGGGCGGACUGGUUUUGCGUCUCAAUACCUCUUUGUUUAUUAGGUAACCUUAUUGUUUGGCUUUGGUUAUUAAAAAGUUACAAAAUCAAAAAUGAAAAUCCGAUACCUACAGCAGCAACAACAACAACAACAAACAAUGGUGGCAAAAUCACUCCGACUCAGAUUUACAUUGCGUGUGUCACUUUGUUUACUAUUCUACUGUGGUGUAUUGCCCGCACCUAUCGAGACACUUUAGGUGAUAUGGGAGUAAUUGCAAUUAUACCCCUGAUUGCAUUUUUUGGUACCGGCAUCUUGACUAAGGAUGAAUUUAACAAUUUCCUAUGGAACGUAAUUAUCUUGGCAAUGGGAGGUAUUGCAUUAGGAAAAGCAGUGGAGAGUUCUGGUCUAUUGCAUACAAUUGCGCUGCAUAUAUCUGAGCGAGUGAUGGGUCUCUCUUCAUUCCAAGUCUUGUUUAUCUUUAGCUGUUUGGUUUUGGUCAUUGCUACCUUUAUUAGUCACACGGUAGCAGCUCUGAUUGUGAUACCCAUUGUUGCAAAGGUGGGCUUGCAUCUCACGGACCCUAAUCCAAGACUGCUAAUUAUGGGAACUGCCUUUGUCUGUUCUGCUGCCAUGGGUUUACCUGUAUCUGGAUUCCCCAACAUGACUGCCAUUUCACAAGAAAACGCACUGGGGACACCUUAUUUAAAAACAAAGGACUUCCUUAAAAACGGAGUUCCCUGUAGUAUUUUAAUCAUGUUGUGCAUUGUCACACUAGGUUAUGUGUUAAUGGAAUUGACAGGCAUUUAAGUGUGUUACUUGAAUAAAUUUAAUUACAUUGAGGACGUAUGUGUGUAUUACCUAAUGUAUUCUGUUUUAACAUUGCUUGAUAUUCGAAUACAACCCCCUUCACCUACUUUUUAAAUGGCUCAUUGUUAAUUGC